AUGGAAUUUGAGGGUAGUUGGGACAGAAACCUAGCCUUGAUAGAAUUCACUUACAAUAAUAGCUACCAAUCAAGUAUUGGCAUGCCUCCCUACGAAGCAUUAUAUGGGAGAAAGUGUAGAACUACUCUUUGUUGGAGUGAAGUUGGUGAAAGAAAAUUGGUUGGUCCUGAGAUUGUGCAACAAACUGAAGAUAAGAUUGUGAGGUUUGGCCAAAAAGGAAAACUUAGUCCUCGAUUUAUUGGACCAUAUGAAGUACUUGAGAGAGUUGGUCCAGUUGCAUAUAAACUAGCUCUUCCACCGGAGUUAGAUAAAAUCCACAAUGUCUUCCAUGUUUCUAUGCUUAGAAGAUAUCGCUCAGAUCCAUCUCAUGUUCUUCCUGUUGAAUCCAUUGAGGUCAGCCCUGACUUGACAUAUAAAGAGGAACCUAUCCAAAUCUUGGCGCAUAGGACAAAAGAGCUUAGAAACAAGAAAAUUCCUUUAGUAAAAGUCCUUUGGAGAAAUCAUUCUGGCAAAGAAGCUACCUGGGAGCAAGAAGAGGAUAUGCGAAUUCAAUAUCCAUAG